AUGGAGGACGACGUGCCGCCGAUGCCGCCUCCCCAGCCGCCAGCCGAUCCCGUGUCGCGUCCGAGCUCGACAUCCACGACUGAAUCCGCCGCGUUUCCGCAGCUGCCCGGCAUCGCCGCGUUGGCCGCGAGCAAUGCGGCCAUCGGCGCGGCAAGCAACCCGGCCGGCGGCAGCGCACCGGCCAACAGUGGCAACCCGGCCAUCAACGCGACCGGCAACCCGGCGCCGGACUCGCCGCAGCCGAGAUGCGAUUUCGACCAGAUACUGCAGCGGAUGAAGGAAGAGCAUGAGAGGAACGUCUCCGGCGUGCAGGAGCAAGAAUCACCACCGCCCUCUAGGACCGUCCAAGGACUGCAUGCCAGUACCACCACGCCGAUGAACGUGAGGAUUUCCCCUGCCGCGACGAGCGGCGGCGGGGGCAAUGGCAUGCCUGUCUGCCAGAACUGCACGACAUCAACGACGCCCUUGUGGCGACGCGACGAGUUUGGUUCGGUCCUCUGCAAUGCCUGCGGCCUAUUUCUAAAGUUGCACGGUCGCCCCCGUCCCAUCUCUCUCAAGACGGACGUCAUCAAGAGUCGCAAUCGCGUCAAGACGGUUCGCCCGGAUCUCGCGGCGAAGAAGAAGGUACGUCUUUCUCGAAAACAUGACGGAGUCGGGAGUUUUUGUCUAACGUUUCCCAGCACCAACAGAGCCUACAGCAGGUCAUUAACUACCCCCCCCUUCUUCACUGCCCUCACAGAUACGGAUGGUGCUGAGACAGUCGCGCAGAAUGCUGCCACCGCCGCCCAGGCUAUACAACGGUCGGCCCAAAAGUCGGCCAACGGCCACGAUGGCUCUGACUCUCCCAUUUCCCGCACCGGAACGCCCUCCAUGUAUCACCAUGGGCUUCCGUCCUUCAUCGUCGACGACCCGUAUCAGACCUCCUUCACAGGCUCGACCGGUCAGGACGGCACCGCGGGCGAACCCGUGAGCGGCGACCGGAGCCUCGAUUCUCCUCAAACGCACGAGCAACUUAUUGCCCACAACUCGAGUCUCAAGACGAGAGUCAGCGAACUCGAAGUUAUCAAUGAACUGUUCCGCGGCCGGCUGAGCCAGCUGGAGCAACAAGAGGCCGCGGCGCGCCGAGGCCAGGAAGUUGCCGGUGCGGAGCAAAGUCAACUGCGAACCCAACUGGAGGCUGUUCAAGAGAGCGAAGCUCAGUUGCGCGCCCAACUCGACGACAGUCAUCGACGCGAAAACAGCCUCAAACGACGACUCGACGAGUUGGAGCUGGAACUGGCAGAGGCCAAGGAUACACUUCACUACGAACCCGAGAGGCCUGCGAAGAAGGCUCGCCUUGAAGACGAGGUCCCAGAUCCACCUGGCAUCGUUGAGCCGGCGCCGGACCUACAACCAGAGGUCGCGGCCGAGUCGGAGGUGACGCCAGCACCAUCAGCACCAGCACCGGAGGCGACCUCGGCGACCGAUUGA